UAUAUAUAUAUUUAUUUAUUUAUUGUUAAUAUGGGCAUAUGUAUGUCAACUGAAGAAAGAAUAAACAAGGAAAAAAGCCAACGUAUUGACCGUAAAUUAGAAGAAGACCAGAAGAAAUUAAAAAAAGAAUGUAAAAUAUUACUCUUAGGAAGUGGUGAGUCUGGUAAAUCAACUAUUGUAAAGCAAAUGAAAAUUAUACACCAAAAUGGUUAUUCAAAAGAAGAACUAUUGAGUUGGAGGUUAAUUAUAUUUAAAAAUUUGCUUGAAUCUAUUCAAUCUAUUAUAAAAGCUAUGCAAAAGUUUAAUUAUCAAUUUGAAACAAUAACUGAUCAGACAUCGAUUAUGAAUCAACUUUUAAGUUAUAAUAUUACUGAAGGAAUGAAAAGUUUUGAUACAAAUAUCGCAUCAGCUAUUAUACUCGUGUGGAAUGAUCCAGUAGUAGCAAAGAUGAUAGAAGAACAAUCAUGCAAAUUUUAUUUAAUGGAUUCAGCCCCUUAUUUUUUAAAGGAAGCUAAAAGAAUCGCUUUUGAUACGGAGUAUAUACCAACUGUUCAAGAUGUAUUAUUUGCUCGUGCAAAGACGACUGGCAUUACAGAAACAAGAUUUAAUAUAGGCAAUCAAUUAACAAUACAUAUGUUUGAUGUCGGAGGUCAAAGAUCAGAAAGAAGGAAAUGGAUUCAUUGCUUUGAAGCUGUUACUACUAUUAUUUUUUGUGUUGCAUUAAGUGAAUAUGAUCAGGUUUUACUAGAGGAAGAUAAACAAAAUAGAAUGCUUGAGAGCUUAGUUGUAUUUGAUUCUGUUAUUAACAGUAGAUGGUUUCUUCGUACUUCUAUUGUGCUGUUCCUGAACAAGAUUGAUUUAUUCAAGUUGAAACUGCCUAAAAUUCCUUUGAAUCAAUUUUUUCCUGACUAUACAGGUGGGAAUGAUCCUGGGAAGGCAGCAAAAUAUAUACUCUGGCGCUUUAACCAAAUGAAUCGAGCUAAACUUAAUAUUUACCCACAUUUAACACAAGCCACAGACACAUCUAAUAUUCGUCUUGUGUUUGCUGCUAUCAAAGAAACUAUAUUACAAAAUGCCUUAAAGGAUUCUGGGAUUUUAUAAUUGUUCUUUUUAUUUUUGGCAACUAGGCGUUAUUUGUUUUAUUUUUUGUUAUUUUUUUUUAAUGUAUUUAAUCAAACAUAUUCUUUACAAAUUGCAUUAUAAAAUUAUUAAUAAUAUCAAUAUGCUUUUCUUCUAAAGAGCAAUUGAAAGAGGAAAGACAAAAAAAAAAAAAAAA